GCUGUCGUGACGAGCGGACGCGCUUACUCACGCGCUCUGCGCCGAUAUUCACGCGCGAUCGUAAAAUCCAUUCGACGUAUUCCGAAUUCGGGAAUCGAGAACGCAGUGAGAGUAACCAUCUGUGUUUCGGGUGUUUAUUUUUGAGUUUUAUUGUGUGUUUACAAUUGUGUUUUUUAUUGUGACGGCUUGUGUGUCUGUGGAUUUACGUUAUGGUGUGCUGUGGUGGUUCAAAUUAACCAGAUAUCGGUUUGUGUUCGGAUUCUGGGAUCGCUGAUUGGCGGUGGCUUCUCUGGAGUAAACAGAUCCAACCAGCCAGCGCUCGUGAGCGGUCGCAUUCGGAAUUCGAAUUUCCAAAAACAAAAUGCAGUGAAGUGUCAAGUGCGUAGUGAUGUGACAGUGAUGCGCCGCGAUUGCGGUGUCGAUAUCGAUAAACUGCUGUCGAUAGAGGCGUGACCGAAAACAUGUCGUGGUUAUCGACUGUUUUUUUGAGUUUGCUGCUGCAGUACUGCGUUGAGAGCCAACAGGAGAUACUUAUUGAAGAAUCAGCAUCAGUGGAGUCCCACCACGCGCCGAGCGGUGGCGCAGUUGAGCUGCCGUGUGACGUCACGCCGACCCUCGCUGACGACCGCAUGGGGCUGGUCAUCUGGUACAAGCAGGGGCAUACUACGCCUAUUUACACGCUGGACACGCGAGAGGGGGUGACGUCCCACUGGUCGGAUCCGGGCACGCUGGGCUCACGAGCGGCCUUCCGGAGCGACACCAAGCCAGCCGUGCUGAUACUGACCAAGCUGCGCCCUGAAGACAGCGGCCAGUACCGGUGCCGAGUGGAUUUUAUUAAGUCUCCAACGAAAAACACCAGACUCAACUUGACUGUUUUGAUCCCACCAGAGCGCCUCAUAGUGCUGAACCACGAGGGCAACGAGGUGCAGGGGGGGGUGUUGGGACCCUACGACGAGGGCACUGACGUCAACCUGACGUGCGUCGCCGUCGGAGGGCGUCCCACGGCUCGCGUCUCCUGGUGGAAGGCUCACGAGCUGCUCGCCAACUCCGAGGCUCGAGCCACCGUCAGCUUCCGCCUGCAGAGGGCUGACUUCGGAACUGAUGUGACUUGUCAGGCUGUGACAGACCCCUCCAUCGCUCCGAUGUCGGAAACCCUGUCCAUUGAUGUUAAUUUGCGACCCCUCUGGGUGCGUCUGCAGGGAGGCAAGCGCCCCCUGGUGGCGGGGCAGAGCACCGAGCUGGUCUGCCAGGCCGUGGGCGCGCGGCCCAAGCCCUCCAUCUCGUGGUGGAAGGGGGGAACCAGGCUGAAGACUGCGAGGGAGACGACAUCAGUGGACGGCAACGUGACCAACAGCGUCCUCUCUUUUACUCCUGGAGUGGAGGACGCGGGUCGCGUGCUGUCGUGCCGCGCCGUGCAGCCCGCGCUCCAGGACUCUACGCAUGAGGAUGGCUGGAAGAUGGAGAUACAACAUUUCCCAAUAGUCCACCUACAGCUGGGUGCCAACCUCGACGCGGGGAAGGUGGUUGAAGGUUCCGACGUGUACCUGGACUGCCGCGUUAGAGCCAACCCGUGGCAUACGCAUGUGUACUUCACUCAUAAUGGUGUGGUAGUGAAACCAGGGCCUGGAGUGUUGUUAGCCAACCAGAGCCUGGUUCUGCAGAAGGUGUCGAGGAAGGCUGCCGGGGCGUACGUGUGUUCUGCCAGGAACAGCCUGGGAGAGGGGUCUAGCGAGCAACUCGUGUUGGAUGUUAAAUACAUCCCCACGUGCAAGUCACAACAACCCGGCGUGAUGCGAGCGGCUCGGGGGGAGAUCCUGGAGAUUGACUGCGACUUGGAUGCUAAUCCUAAGGAGCCAAUGUCCUACCAGUGGUGGUUCAACAGUUCAACACACACUAAACACGAGUUGAUCACGAGUUCCAUCAACAACGCACAGAAUUUACCCGGUACAUUUCUAUACAUGGUGAACACAUCGGCUGACUACGGGUGGGUGCAAUGUUCGGGGACCAACGCGGUGGGACGACAGACCAAGCCUUGUCUGUUCCACAUACUACCUGCUGACAAACCGUCUUCCCCGAAAGCGUGCGAGAUCACAAAUGUCACGUACGACUCUCUGACGCUGAACUGCACUCCCGGACACGACGGCGGCAUCCGACAGACCUUCUUACUACAGGUCUUCGACAUGGGCACCGGCCUGCUGCUCGCGAAUCUGACCAAUGAGGAGCCAGAGUUCCAAGUCACGGGGCUGUCGACCAAUAACGCGCUGUCAGUGGCGGUGCGUGGGCGCAACAAGAAGGGCUCCAGCGAACCGCUAACUUUGGCGACGAGUCUGCUGAAGUAUCCGCAACGGCAUACAGCCCAAGUCCCAGUGAAGGUGGAGCUGACGACAGUGCUGCUGAUAGUCCUGGUGGCGGUGGGGGUGAUCGCCUCCAUGACGGCCGUCUCCGCCACGGUCUUCUGCUGCAAGUAUUGCAGUAAGAAGAGCAAUAAAAAUGAGAAAGACAAGAGGCAGCAGGACGAAACCUCCAAUAUCCCUCUCACUGGUACAAAGGAGUCUGAAAGUGUUGAUAGUUUAGACAAGAACCCGGACAUCAUACCUUUAGACGGAAAAAUAAGUGACAACAGCUCCAACAAAUCAUCAACAACCGACUACAGUUCUAUAAGACCACUCAUUUCCAAAACGCCCAGCGAAAAAUACGACUCAAUACCACCAAAUUGCGACCGGUACACCUAUGACCACAACAUAGACCAAUGUAGCCAGUACAUCCAAGUACGACCUCUGGAAUACCGAGUUAGGCCUACGUACCAGCCGUCCAAUAUUUUGGGACCAAUGCCGAAUUUAGGGCCAAUGCAGAACUUAAACCCAAUGGGGCAUAUGACGAUUGGGCCCAAUGAUUGUCACAUACAGCGGCCAGGGUAUGAUAAGGUGUAUGAGGAUUGGUUGAAGUAUAAGAAUGCUUUGCCGUUGAAUACUAGUGGUUUGUUGCCAGCGGAACAGCUGAUGCCUCCAGACAUGUACUCCCGGGACCACAGUCUCUACAGCCAGCCCAGCAGGACCCCCCUGGGCGUGGCGCAGAUGCCUGAUAUAGAGCCGCGGUAUCACCUGGACCCGAGGUCUUUGCAGGUCCUGGGUGCGGAGAGCCGUAGCUGCUCCAGCUCGCCCCCCGUCAGGUUCAACCAGGAGACCAGCAGUGUGUACUUCAACAAGAGCAUGCUGGACCGGCCUAUGAAUACGUUGCCGCACCUUAACAAGCAUAGGGUUAAUGGAUCAUCCAAUCAAGCACAAGGGAACGAACCAAAAACCAGUGUAGCCGGCCAAUCAGAUGGUGAGCCAACCAGCUCUCACAGUCAGGACUGUGUAUGAAUAAAAUAAAACAAAAAACUGUGCAAAAAAGUGAUUUUU